UUGUGCACCCCGCAACGUCGUCUUCUCAACGGCAGAGCCUGCCACCGUGAUUAUGCAGCCGCCGCCGCGCCUCCGCAUCCUAUCACCGGAGUUGAGACGAAGGAGUUUUUGACGGAAACCAGCCGCCCAUCGCCUGCAGUCGUCGAAUAUCGUCCGCCGCCGCCAACCACCGCCCGUCGACACAACCUAAACCAAGCCUAUUUUCGCCGAUUCCAUCUCCACCGUCCUCCACUUCCGUCACCAACCGGCCGACAGAUCCCGUUCGCCGGUCGCCCCUCCUACACAUUCCGACCACCGCGCAUCACCAGACCGGCAGUGCGACUCUGCAACCAAACAUCGCACGUAUCCAGCUCGGUCGCCGUGGCUCUCCAGCGGUGCCACCGCGUCUCCCAGACCAGUAUCAGCGCCAGUUGUGGUGGCUUUUGGUGA